UAAUCCUAUAUAUCCCAGUCCACUCCAGAUCCAUCCAACUAGGAAAUUUCUCUCUCGGAACGGCCAUGGCAACCCAAGAGCGCACCUCUUCAAAUUUCCGCGACUCCAAAUCCCUCUACCCCCAAGUCCUCGAGUCCAACCCCGAGAGUGACUCCCCUUUCCUCUCCCACCCCAACAAUCCCUCCCGCUCCCCUCUCUAUCCCUCCCUCGACGACUCUCCUCCUCCUCCUCGUAAUCCCAACGCCAAUCCCUCCUCCUCCUUGUAUCCUUCUAUCGAGAUGAAGGAGCUCGUCGAGAACCUCUUCCCCGACGCCGACGACGACGACCCCAAGAGCCCCGCCGCAGCCCCCACCCUCCCUCCCCCUGUCGAAGAAACCCUUCUCCGCAUCCCCGGUGCCAUCCUCCACCUCAUCGACAAGCAGCGCAGUGUCGAGCUCGGCGUCGGCGACUUCACCGUCGUCCGCCUCCGCCAGGGCGAGAACACCGUCGCCGUCCUCGCCCGUGUCGGCCACGACCUCGUCCAGUGGCCCCUCGCCCGCGACGAGGCCGCAGUCAAGCUCGACGACUGCCACUAUUUCUUCUCCCUGCACGUCCCCAAGAGCGCCGCGGCGGCGGCCGACGAUGACGGCGGCGGUGAUGGCUCCGAGGAUCUUCUCAACUAUGGCCUCACCUUUGCUUCCAAGGGGCAGGAGGGGUUGCUGAAGGAGUUGGAUCGGAUUCUUGAGAGCUAUAGUAGCUUCUCUGUCCAGAAGGUGGAAGGGAAGGCGAAAUCGGAGGUGCUGGAUGGGUCGGUGGCGAAGGAGGUCACGCCGGCGGAGGUGAUGGGACCGAAGAAGGAGAUGAUGGAGGAGAGAUCGGCGGCAUACUGGACGACGCUGGCACCGAAUGUUGAGGAUUACAGCGGGUCGGUGGCGAAGGUGAUCGCCAAAGGAUCGGGGCAGCUCAUAAGGGGGAUCUUGUGGUGCGGAGAUGUGACGGUCGAUCGGCUUAAAUGGGGGGAGGAUCUGCUAAAGAGGAGGAUGGUGCCGGGCUCGAAGCAGACCGAGAUCAGCAAGGAUGCUCUAAAGAGGAUUAAAAGGGUAAAGGGGGUCACAAAGAUGUCAGAGAAAGUGGCAACUGGAAUUCUAUCUGGUGUUGUGAAGGUCUCUGGGUUUUUCACAAGCUCUGUUGUGAAUUCAAAAGCAGGCAAAAAGUUCUUUAGUCUUUUGCCUGGGGAAAUUGUCCUUGCUUCUCUUGAUGGAUUUGUACUUGCAGAUAUGUAAAAUGUCUUUCUCCGGCCUCUGUAUUGCAUGCACCAGGCGCAAUUGGACUGCGUCAAAUCCCACAGUGCAUAACAUGCCAUGCUACCCCUUGUAUUUCACCAAUUCCCAAUUGCACGUUCUCCACCAUGCAUAUGCUCCGCGAUUUUGCCUGGUUCACUUGCACCUGGUGCAUGCAAUAAUUUCUCCUUUCUCAGUGGUGCCCUGACUCUAAAACAAACCAAAAAUAUAAGCCAAAUUUUAUUUUAGAUGAGCAUAUUAUCAGUUACCCAAUCUUAUUCAACAAGCCGUAUAGCAUCUGGAGGCUCUUUUUUUUUUUGUCAAUAUAUGAUUUAUCAAAGUUCAAGAAUGUUUUAAAUAUUGCGUAUCAGCAUAUCAAUUAUUAGUAUUUGCAAGGAAAUUUUGGGAAAGCUGGGGCUUGCCAACCGGAAUGCUGGUUGACAGGGCAGGAGGCCUAGCACCUACCUUGUAGUUUCUAGCUCGUGUUUCUAGGUCACUUUGACUCUGUUAUAACAGGAAAUAGCUUUGCAGAGAAAGUGGUUAGUUUUGAUAAAGUUAGUGACAUUGAUCCCUAAAUGCCACAAGCCUGAUUGACAUAUUGUAGUCGGGAGGCAGGUGUUAAGCUUAUCAUCUGAUAAAGUAAGUCUGUGGUCAUCAAAAUUAGGAAAAAUUUCAAAAUUAACAUGUUUCGGGAAAAGCAUUGUCCUUAGAGACCUUACAAAUGUCCUUUCUCUAAUAUCGAAACCUGAGCACCAAGUGCUGAACAAAUAAUAUCUUAAAUGUUCAUGUAUAAGGAAGUGCCGUCUGUCAAGCUAUCCAUAUUUUCUGUUUCUGCUUCUGCUUCUCCUUCACCUUCUUCUUCUUCUCCUCCUAAAUUUUGAAUACGAUGCUUAUGCUGUCAGUGAGGUUCAAAUCCUGGGCCUGUCCUAAGUUGAGAGGGAUACAGACCAGCUGGACUUAGGCUGAUUGGCAUAUAAGUUAAAUUUGGGCACAUGGUGGCCCUAUUGUAGGUUAAUAUUCACUUAGGCCUCAUUCCUUUCCCACAAAAAUGCUUUUUCCUUUGGGAGCACAUAAUUUGAAACAUGAAUCUAAAUUUUAAGAGAGAGCUUGAUAUUCUUUUUUUCAAGCAUCUUAUUUUUCUAGCUGAUCACAAUUUGGAAUCAUCUUAGGUUGUCACCUGGUCCUAGAGUGACAUACCAUGGUUGGAUCCUAUGUUGGUAAUGAAGGUGUCAGAUUUUGCAGUAUUAGGUGAUUGUGAAAUACUCAAGGAUUUGUCUCCCGGUGGGAUGGCGGCGACAUUGGACCAUCUGAAGUGUUGGGAUGAGGUGCUGUCCCAAGCAUCAGGAUGGGAUAGAAUGGGAUACAGACCAGGGAUGGGAUGAGAUAUCCACCAUCCCAAGUGUUAGGAUGCAACGUAUCCCAUGCCAUGGGAAAAUCAUGAUGAACUUCUCCCAUGGGAAUGCUAAAGUUAUUUUAGUAGCUUUUCUUGUACCAGAUACAUUCUUCUAGAGGAAAAAAAAGAACUUUGGUGAAAAUGAAGCCUCAUACUAUAGGAACCAUAAUGUUAGAAGAAAUCAUAAGAAGCCAGAGAAUGUGUGUGAAAAGUACAUGGGGAAACUUGAUGGUGGGGUGUCAAUAACCAAAAAAAUGACUCACCAUGAAAUAUUUUGCCUUGAAGUAUUAUAAAGUCAUAAAACAAGACAAGAUUAGUUGAUCUAGCAAACAAGACAACUAUGCAUUACAUGUUACCUAUGUGCAAUGCCAACAUUUAUUCUUCGAAAAGGUGGACGAUUGACGAAAAAGACUAGUGAAGAAAUGGGGAAAGCCAUUGUCUAAGUUUGUUAAUUGUGAAUGUGUUGAUUUGACAGGAUAUGAUAAUUGAAGUAGGAAUUUCUUAUCUGAAAUAGGGAUGAGAGUAGGAUCUGCAUGAUUACAUGAUGCAAUACCAGUAGAGAUAGCCAACAUUUUGACUGUUAUAAGGUACUAUACAGCAUUUCAGUGCCUGAGUCUAUGUCAUAUAAGUGGAAUAAAACAAUUUUAAGACAAUGUGCAGUUUGCAGAGAGCAACUUGUAUUGUGGCAUAGAGCCACAAGUGUAACUUCCUAAUACUAAAGUUGAUUCUAAAAGAAAGGAGUGUA